AUGAUUGAAACUUCCAAGGCAACAUCUAUUGUUAUGGCAAAGACAGUCUCGACGAAAGAUGUGCACGACACCAUCCUGGAUAUUGAAUCGUUGAAAGCGUCUCUGAAAGAACGGCAGUUUAAGCUGAAGUGGAGAAUAUUUUGCUACGAAGAGGAAACCCACAAAUUGCUGCUAGCCGGAAAUGCGGGUGAUGAGAAAUGGAGAAAGAAGCAUUCUACAGAGAUCUUCCUUGAGCUUGGAGCACACAAAAACAAGUUCUGGCAUCGACAUUUGAACCCAAAGACGAUAGAUACAGACUAUGUUUGGAUUAUGGAUGGGGAUAUUCGAUUACGAAACAUAGCGUGGGAGUGCUUUUGGAAUAUUGCAUCUCGCUUUCAGCCUUCCAUUUUCGCCCCCACAAUAAUGGCGAGCACCGAUCCGGAGCGGGAAGAACACAAAUCUUAUGUUGGAAGCACGCAUCCAUGGCACUGUUACACAGACGACGCUCCGAAAAAUCCCAACGACAUGCAACAUCUGCUGGCCAUGGAUGUUCCGCUACUGGAAAUACAGCUUCCAGUUUUUACAAGAACUGCAUGGCAAAUUAUAUAUAGUGAGUUUUCGAACCGAGUCAAAGGGUGGGGUGAUUUCAAGACUGUGUGGGGUCCCGAUCAAGUCUGGUGCAGUGUCAUUGAUCACUACUUGCACAACACGAAUACUUCCAAACGACUACAAGGACGGCGGCGAAUGCCGUGGCACUUGGCAAAAUCAUCCUGCGGCAUACAAAAGGAACUCAAAUUCAACAUUUCAACGGAAGGAAAGGAACUAUACUAUGACGAAUUCAACAACCAAAACUAUCACCACACCUGCAUGCUGAUACACGCCACACCAGCCGAGCACUUGGAUACCAAGUCUAUCAAGCUGUAUGAGGAUAAGGAAAAAUUCUACGAAAUGGGUCGAAAAGACCGGGAUGAGUACAACAAGGCCUUUGAUGGCUUCAGUGACCGAAUCUGGAAGGGCCACCGGCAUCUAUAUAGGGCAUACAUGUCUAAUGAUCCUGCCGAAUACAACUGCCAAGCAUGCAAACAUGCAUUAUGUACCAAUGGGACAGAAAGCGAGUCCGUAUCAGGGUCAGGCUCCGAAUCGUAUUCGUAUUCUUCCGACGAGCACUAG